UUUUUUUUUUUUUUUAAACCGCAUCCAAAUUACGCGUCGCAAGAUCACGUAAACCAGUACCCGAGCCAAUAAGCAGACAGACGGAUUGACUUUUCCGUGCCGUCCUCGUUUGGACUCAGCGUGACGAGACAAAAACUCAACGUAAGGCGGCAUCAAACCGGCGACUCCCCGGGGCGGAUUCCGCGCCGCUCGUCUCGAUUCGGACGGACAUGUCACCUGCGUUGGGGAUUUUGGGCCUCCUGCUGCUUCGGAGCGGAGCCGAAGGAUUUGGAAUCCUACCGGGAAGUUCGCAGGAUCACCUGGAAAUCACGGAAGAAGCGAUCUUGAACGUCACAGUGCAGGCGUGCCGCGCGCUGGCCGAAGCCGAGGGCAACGACUUCUCGCCCCCCCCGCAGCCUUUCACCAUCACGGCGGUGGCCGUCGCGUGCAGGUCCGAAAACUCCAAGCGCUUCCAGCAGGCCAUCACGUCCAUCAUCUCCAGGAACGUGCGCGUGGACCUGGUCCAGGCGCUGAACGCCAGCUUCCACUUCGACGACGAGUCCUUCGUCGGCGGUCGCGACAUCAUCACGUCGGGCCUGCGGACGGUCAAGGCCAACAACGUGCAGCAAAACUUUGAAGCGGCUCAGGAAAUCCUGGGGAUGAUUCUACACCCGUUACAGGAUUUUUACAGCCACAGCAACUGGGUGGAGAUCGGCAAUGAAUUUCCGAACUCCAACCUUAUCAGAUCCGACACCAGCAUCGGCAACAUAGCAGAUGUGACCAGGGCGACCUGUCGCAGCUGCGACGGGGACGACUGCAGCAACAACAUCCUCGAGGACAUCAUCCAGGAGCAGAUACUGACCUCGGGAUAUUUUGGAAUCAUCCCCUUCGUGUCCACCAAACCCAGCGGAAAAUGCAGCCACGGAGGAGCCUUGGACCUGACCAGCAUAAUCGAGCCCACUGGUGGGAUAAACAAAGACACGUUUGAUUCAGAACACGGGUUCCUCCACACGCGGGCGGCCAAUCUGGCAGUAUCAGCAACGAGCGAGAUCCUGGAGAACGUCCGCCAGGCCACGGGCGACGUGCCUUUCCUCCAGAUGUUGGGGAUCUCCAGAGGAUCCGGGAAAGCGCUGUGUUUCGUGAUUGACACCACGCAGAGCAUGAGCGACGAUAUCGCGGCAGUGCAGAACGCGACAUCCUCCUUCAUCAGCAGCCAAGUGGGCACUCCGAACGAACCUUUGUCCUACAUUCUCGUGCCCUUCAACGAUCCAGAAUUCGGGCCGCUGAUGAGGACAACCGAUCCGCAAUUGUUCAUGGACAGUAUUGAUGAUCUGUCAGCAAGCGGUGGAGGAGAUGAAGGAGAGUUGAGUCUCUCGGGCCUUCAGUUGGCGCUGUCGAACGCUCCUCAGAGCUCAGACAUCUUCCUCUUCACAGAUGCACCCGCCAAAGACCGAGAGCUGAAGUCCACCGUAAUCGCUCUCAUUGAGCGGACUCAAUCUGUGGUGUACUUCCUGAUCACAGGAACAGGGGAAAACAGCCGGCGGCGGCGGCGAAACCGGGUUAGAAGUGGUCUGCAGCAGCACAAAAGGAUUGCAUCAGGAGACAUUCAGCUGUACCAAGACGUGGCCCUGGCCGCGGGAGGUCUGGUGAUAGAGCUGGAAAACGACGAACUCUUAGAAGCCACCAGAAUCAUUGGGCAGAUGUCCAACUCCUCGAUGGUGACACUUCUGCAGGCAUCCAGGACUCCAGGACAGGAUCCAGAAACAUUCACAUUUGCGGUCGACCAGACCUCGAACAACGUCCGACUUCUCAUUACCGGACGUCCCGAUCUGAUCAGUCUUACCAACCCGAGAGGCAUUACAAGGAUCGUCAAUGGAAUGGGCAUAGACGUACUGAUCUCAUCCUCGGAAAUGGUGGGAAACUUGCAAACUUUGGCGCUAAGGACAGAAGACGCGGGAACGUGGAGAGUGCAAGUAGAGGCAACAGCUCCAUACACGCUGAGGGCUACAAGCCAGAGUCCCCUUGACUUCCUGUUUGACUUUGUGGAGUACAUACCCUCGAAAAACACAUUUGAUGUUCUUGAUUCCCGUCCCGCAGCCAACACCAACGGUACCCUGCUGGUGACACUUACGGGCAGCGACACAGCUAACGUGACCAUGGUCACUCUGGUAGAGGCGGCGAGUUCUGUCGAGGUUGAGGGGGUCGUGGAGCCGCAGGGGCGUGGCAACUUCCUGGUUCGUUUCGACACGAUUCCGUCUCUGCCCUUUGUGGUGCUCGUGGAGGGAACUGUGACCAACGCGAGCGGAGAAUCAAUUUCUUUCCGACGACUGUCGGAAACCACCUCCCGGGGAUCCAAUCUAACCAUUCGGGCUGAAGCAGAGCUCAACUUCGUGCCAGGGAUGGUGUUGUCGGUGCCUUUUUUCUUGAACACGGAGAGAACUGGAGGGAACGUCUCGAUCCGCGUCACCACCAACAACCCGCUCUACACAGUCAGUGCUCCAAGCUCGCUCUUGGUGGAGCCAGGAGUCACCGCCAACGGCACCGUGACGCUCUCCGUGCCCCUCAACACGCCCUCGGGCACCACCGUCACCCUCGUCAUCGAGGCAGAAGGCACCGGAGACCUGGGCAUCAACUACAUUGUCCUCAGGAUCUCGGUUUUAAAUCCGGUGUCAGACUUCACAUCUCCCGUGUGUGAGGUGGUGUGCAUCGUCAACUGCGUGCACAACUGCAGCACAACCUCGUGGGAGUUGUCACUCCGCGUGAGCGACGGCACCGGAGGGACCGGAGUGGAGCGGGUCAGCCUCGUGCAAGGCAACGGAACGCUGGACCUCAGACGGGCGCCCGACGACGGGGACGUCGUUCUGGCAACCUACAACGCGUCAUGCGCCUCACCUGAUGCGGAGCUGGUGGCGGUGGACCGCGUGGGCAACGUGGCCACGUGCGCCUUCAACGCCUUCGACACCAGCUCAGGGGGCGUGGCCUCUUCACGCACUCGAACGCCCCUCAGCCAUGUCGCGCUCGCCCUGGCGCUCGGAGUCUUGCUGAGCCUUAACGUUUGCUGAAAUGCAGUCGAAGAACAGUUGCGAGCGUGACGCGCUAAGGUGUUCUCUUUGGGGCUUAUCUUUUCCUGGUGGCCAACCUCCAAUGCAAACAUUUUCAAAUAAUAUGAAAAAAAUGAUUCUGAAAAAUGAUUUUGUACCCCAAAAAUAGGUUGGGGUUUCUUUACGUGCACAAGUCUAUAUAAUAGACACACAUACGCAGUGUAUGUACUUGAAGGAUUGUUUUGAAGUGCUACGACCUUAAGAAAUGAUUUUUUUCCCUUAUGAUUAUGAUUGUGAUGAUUAUGCUGCCGAUUCUGUGGAAAUAAUCUGUGAAGAAAACCACCUGCUGACCGCUGAAGCCAAAUUUCAAUUUAUGAAGACGAAAGAUUGCCGCAGCAGAUGAAAGAAGGCAAAUAUUAAAAA